UUGCACUAUGGGACCCUCAUGGGCAGCAGAGCUUGUGUGAAAAUGGCAGCAGCUGCCUGGGCCAGUGGUUUUCUCUAUGGUCUCCUACACACUGCUAAUACAUUUUCAAUACCACUCUGCCAAGGCAACACAGUGGACCAGUUCUUCUGUGAAGUUCCCCAGAUCCUCAAGCUCUCCUGCUCAGACUCCUACCUCAGGGAACUUGGCCUUCUUGUGGUUAGUGCCUGCUUAUUCUCUGGGUGUUUCGUUUUCAUUGUGGUGUCCUAUGUGCAGAUCUUCACUGCUGUGCUGAGGAUCCCCUCUGAGCAGGGCCGGCACAAAGCCUUUUCCAUGUGCCUCCCGCACCUGGCCGUGGUCUCCCUGUUUCUCAGCACUGGCAUGUUUGCCUACCUGAAGCCCCCCUCCCUCUCCUCCCCAGCUCUGGACCUGGUGGUGGCUGUUCUGUACUCGGUGGUGCCUCCAGCUCUGCAGGAUGGCACCUCUCCUCAGUGGGUCCCUGCCCUGCCUGCCUCACCAGCACCCUCAGCCCUCGGCUCCGCUUCCCACACGGAGCUGCCCUGCUCUGGGGCCACAGGCCAUGCUGGUUGGGGCAGGAAGCAGACCCAGCUGGACAGGGAUCACCACCACUGA